AUGGAGUACCUGACGAAGGAGCCGCUGGCUACAUGUCUUUCGUUCUGUUUGUGGAGUGAAGACCAGGAGAUCUUGGACUUCGACAGCAACCCGAAACCUGGCUUUGCUGUCCAAGCCAUCCCAUACAUCGAGGUCUACUCCUACCUGCGCGACCGCACGCGAUCAAUCAGAGUCGAUCUGCACCUUCAGCAACCUAGAUCCACCACCCAGCAAGUCUUUGUAGAGACGCACGAGUGCUGCCUGCGCUUCGAGAUGCUCUCGCUCUACCUCCUGCUAGGGAGGGGACAGAAUCAGGAGAAGGCCACCGAGAAGUACGACACCAAGCUGGGCUUAAAAGCCAUCUCCCAGACCAUCGAGCCAUUGCUGAACUCAUACCAGGCGCUGCAUGAGAAGCAGAUCGCUAAAUCCAUCCUCGCCGAGGCCAUGGGCGGGUUUGGCCUGGCGGAUGACGACGAUGAUGAGGUGAACCUCUGCCACCCAGGAAGUCGAAAGGAAGACCGCUACAUCUGA